UCAGAAAAUUAUCCCAAGAAAAUGCUGGAUGGCUGGUAUUGUCGCUCUAUAGCAAACAUGCAAGCAAGUGAAGCUGCAAGUGUCAGUAAUAGUGCACCAACAGAAACCACACAUGCACGGGAGUCUCAGAAUUAUUCAAGUGACAGCAGUAGUGAGCCAGACCCUGAACCUAAUUAUAGAGCACAAUAUAUUGCUUUAAAGAAAAAAUUGAAAUACCUUAUCUAUGAAAAUGAGUGUUUUCAAGAUGCUCUUAGAUGUGGUCAAAAAAGAUUGCUGAAAGUAUCUAGAGACCGUAGUUUCUUGCUAGACAGACUACUACAGUAUGAAAAGCAUGAAAGCACCACAUCAGAGAGUGAAGAUACAGAAUCAUCUGAUGAUACAGAUUAUAAUCGGCAUGAUAACACGAAACGAAAAAAAAAUCUUGAUGUGAGUGUUACACAUCAUCAUAUUUCAACACCAUCAGCACUUACCAAGGGUCCUAAUGCUAUGAAAAGAAAGAGAGCUGUAGUACCUAAAAAACCUCAUAAUACUAGUCAUCUUCAUCAAUCGAGUGGAGCGAUAUUAUCUAAAGCAUCCCCCUCUCUCAGUUUCGGCUUAUCUGCUAGCGACGGACAUAUGACGCCUGAAGAAGUUGAACGCCAUUUACAGUCGCGACAAUCUUACUUAGAACUGUUGCCAGAGCGAGCUCCGCCUACUGUCCCUACAGAGAUGUUCAGCAAUGAUCCUUCACUUGAUAGCGAGUCAAAUGAUGUGCUGGAGAACUCUCCAAAUGUUGAUGAAUGGUUUGAUUAGUUGUGUUCACUCUUUGGGACAGGAUGUGCCACUAGAAGACAUUUUAUGUGAAAAUAUUUUUUAAACUUAAAUGAGGAAAUAAAAUAUUUAUUUCGUAACAUAUAUGACACGACGUAUCUGCGAUAUAUUGUGUCGUACUUAGACUUGAACAAAAUUAUUUGUUACAAUUUAUACUCCUUGUCCGGAAACAAUACUUGCUGCCAAGAUCCUGAGAGCCUUGGUAUACAUAUAAGGAGAGCCACGACAGGCGUUUCGGCCAUUUUUCGUCAUCGCUGUCAGAAGAGAUGCAGGGUGCCGUUAACAUUGGGCAAUAAAAGAUGGUAACCACCUUUAAUUUUUUGUCAAUGCUCAGAGAUAUCUUAGAGAAAAGUAGUGACCUCAUUUUUAUUUCAUCUUUGGGAAGGAGCCGUCAAAACUUUGUUUAGGGUCGCCAAAUAGGUUAAGGCCGUCCCUGACAUGAAGUGUUUUAUAUAUAGAAAGUAUAGAACUAAUUACUGAUAAUAUUGGAUGUAUUGUUUUAUUUUGAAUGUACUAAUUAAUUUUUAGUAAUAUGAAUAUAAUUUUUAGAUAAUAAAAUAAUUAUGAUAUUACAA